AAACGACGAAGACGACGAGAACAAUAACAGCGAGACGACAACAAAGUUUUGAUUUUUAUAAAAGACAAGGUUCGCAUCAAGUACAAAACAGUUUCGUUCGAAACGCUGCCGUGUGAAGAGCCAAGCAACCAGAACUGAGCGUUCGAACAACGAGCAUCUUUCAUAUAUCUCUCUAAAUAACCGACUUGGCACAUCCGUAUAAUAUAUGUACAUAGAUGCAGCCAUCUAUGAGUGUCAAAUAUUAGAUCUAGUGUCACCUGGUGUCAUCCGCCGGCUAUUGUAACUUUUCGGGGACCCCAACUAACUUGUACUCCGUACGCAGUGUUUGUUCUGAUUUGUUGCGGUUACUGUCGACACCCCCCACCAAAGAUGAAGACGAAUCCGGCCUCGGAUCACGUUUACUUCAACGACGGAUUCAAGUGCUCAACGAUCAGCAUCAGCACCAACCUCACGGAACCCAAUGGGAGUAGCAACAGCGUGGGAUCCCAAGGAUCCAAGGAGUUCAUCCUGACCGAGGACGGCAAGAAGGUUAAGCCCCCACUGAGCACACUGGACUGCACUCGCAGUUGGCUGCAGGACUGUCAGCGACGCACCUUCAAUCGGAAAACCCUGAACAAAAGACUCCCGAUCCUCAACUGGCUGCCAAAAUACAACAGCCAGGAUGCAGUGGGCGACCUGGUGGCCGGAAUCACCGUGGGUCUCACGGUCAUCCCACAGGCGCUGGCCUACGCGGGAAUAGCCGGACUACCAGUAGCCUAUGGGUUAUAUGCCUCCUUUGUGGGCUGCUUCGUGUACAUUUUCCUGGGCAGCUGCAAGGAUGUACCCAUGGGUCCUUCGGCAAUUGUGGCCCUGCUCACCUACCAGGCGGCCCAGGGAUCGUGGCAGAAGUCGGUGCUGCUGUGCCUGCUCAGUGGAAUCGUAGAGCUAUUGAUGGGCCUCUUCGGACUGGGUUUCCUCAUUGACUUUGUCUCUGGCCCAGUUUCGUCGGGUUUCACCUCCGCCGUCUCGCUGAUCAUCCUCACCUCGCAGAUCCAAAGUGUGCUAGGGAUCACGGCCAAGGGCAACACCUUCGUGGAGAUCUGGACGCAGGUCUUCCACAACAUUGAGCACACGCGGGCAGGAGACACGCUACUGGGACUCACCUGCAUUGUGGUCCUGCUGCUCAUGCGCAGUCUCUCCUCCUGCCGAAUCGGACCGGCAGACGAUGCGGAGUGCUCAUCUCUUCAGCGGGCCGUGAACAAGAUCAUUUGGAUUGUGGGCACCGCUCGGAACGCCAUCCUGGUGGUGGUUUGCUGUUUCAUGGGCUAUCUGCUGCACAGCGAGGAGCAUGGAGCUCCGUUCCGGGUGGUGGGAGACAUCCCACCUGGACUGCCCAACCUCCAGUUGCCGCCCACCUCUCUGAGCGCUAACGAAACCAGCAAUGGAGUGGCCCUGGGAUUCGUAGAGAUGGUGCACAGCAUGGGCUCCGGCCUGGUGGUGAUUCCCCUGAUCUCGCUCAUGGAAAACAUAGCCAUCUGCAAGGCCUUUGCAAAUGGCAAGCCCGUGGAUGCCUCGCAGGAGCUGAUUGCCAUUGGAACGGCCAAUAUCUUAAACUCCUUUGUCCAGGCAUUCCCAGGAACUGGAGCCUUGAGUAGGGGAGCAGUCAACAACGCCAGUGGUGUACGGACUCCUCUGAGCAACAUUUACUCCGGUGGCCUGGUGAUGAUUGCCCCUUUCCUUACUCCCUACUUCUACUUCAUUCCACGCCCCACCCUGGCAGCCAUCAUUAUAGCUGCAGUGGUGUUCAUGAUCGAAGUUAAGGUGGUCAAGCCCAUGUGGAGAUCGAAAAAAAGUGAUCUGGUGCCUGGAGUUGGAACCUUUGUGGCCUGUCUCGUGUUGCCUCUGGAGUGGGGCAUCCUCAUUGGUGGACUCAAUGUCAUCUUCAUUCUCUACCACGCAGCGCGUCCCAAGCUGACAACCGAGCUCCUGACCACGCAGUCGGGUGUGGAGUACUCCAUGAUCACGCCCGAUCGGUGCUUGAUUUUCCCCUCUGUGGAUUAUGUGAGGAAUCUGGUGAACAAGCAGUCCAUCAGACAAAAUGUUCCGGUGGUCAUAGAUGCCUCGCAUGUCUACGGGGCUGAUUUCACAACGGCCACGGUUAUAGACUCGCUGAUCAGCGAUUUUAACCAGCGGGGACAGCUGCUCUUCUUCUACAACCUCAAGCCGAGCAUCUGCUUCAUUUUCGAGCAGGUGUCGGCGGCUCAGUUCGUGGUCUACUACCAGGAGCAGCAGCUGGACGAGCUGCUGAAGGAGCGGCACUAUGUACAGAAACGCCUGGAGACGGCUUGAGCUCCAUCGCCACCUCAACACGUGAUACAAAUAGCUUAGACUAAGUGUUUGCUUUAGUUAUUUAUGUGUAAAUAGAACGUGAACAAAUGUGUAGUAUUAGACGAUGCACAAACACUAUUAGUACUUGUAAGCCGACCAAAUAAGUGUACUUUUUAAUUAAUGAAUAAUAACGAAUCCAAAA